AUGGAAAAGUCUUCUUUCAAGGUGAUUAUUGUAGGAUGCUCCAUCACUGGAAUGACAUUGGGACAUUGUCUCGAUCGCGCUGGCAUUGAUUAUGUCAUUCUUGAGAAACAUGAAAAUAUAUUUGCAGAGCCCGGUGUUUCUCUUGGCCUGAUGCCAAACGGCUCUCGCAUCUUGGAGCAGCUAGGCAUCUACUCUGGGGUGGACGAGAUCUAUGAACCCAUUCACAAAAUAUACCAGUUUCUUCCUGACGGAUUCGGCUUGCCAUUUUGUGUUAUUGCGAGACAACAUUUUCUCCAAGUGUUGUACGCAAAAUUCGAGGACAAGUCCCGGAUCCACAUGAGCAAAAAGGUGGUCGAGAUUAGCCACGGCAAAUCAAAUGUAUCUGUCACAGCUGCAGACGGGACAACCUACGAGGGUGAUCUUGUUGUCGGAGCAGAUGGAAUUCACAGUGCUGUACGCUCUGAAAUGUGGCGGAUUGGAAAUUCGGAGCAGGCUGGAUUCAUAACGGAAACGGAGAAAUCGGAAUUGUCGGCAGAAUUCGCAUGCGUUUUUGGGGUUUGUAAAGCGGUUCCGGGCCAGGGUCGAUGGGAACACAUUCUGCGAUACAAUGAAGGCUUUUGCUUCAUGUUCUUCCCCGCAACCGGUACCGACGUCUUCUUCAACGUCAUCUACAAAUUGAAGCAAAAGUACAAGUAUCCCAACAUUCCGCGCUUCACCCAAGAUGAUGCCUUUAAAGUUUGCGAAUCGGUUGGAGAUUUUCCUGUGUGGAAGGACAUCAAAUUCCGCGAUGUGUGGGAACAAAGAACCAGCUUUGCCAUAGUUGCAUUGGAAGAGCACAUGUUUACGAAUUGGCACCACCGACGAAUAGUCUGUGUUGGAGAUAGCAUCAGCAAGAUGACUCCCAACAUGGGACAAGGCGCCAAUACUGCGAUUGAAACGGUGGCGGCCCUCACAAAUGAGCUUCGGACCUUGGUAAAGGCCAAUCAUCCAGACAAGCCUUCGGAGUACGAGCUGAAUAAUAUGCUGCAAAGAUUCAAUCGUAAACAGUUCAGACGCCUAACAGCGGUUCAUGGAGAUGCUCGCUACGUCACUCGACUCGAGGCCCUGGAUGGGGCUAUGCACUGGAUAUUCUCCCGGUAUAUCAUGGGCCAUUGCGGAGAUGUGCUCUUGGGCAAUACUGCGAGAAUUGUGUCAGGUGGUAAAGUGUUGGACUUUAUACCAUUGACGGCUCGUUCUGGCAAAGACUGGCCUCCGUGUCCAUGGCAACAUUCCUUUGGAAUCUCAGAUAUGAUUGACUUUUGCAAGAAAAUGUCGAUUGCGUUCUUGAUUGCUUUGGUUGCCGUUGUCCUCAGUGCUUUCGGAGCUGGUCGCCACUAA